AUGGUUACAUUUAAUUGCGAAGUUUGUAAUGAAACUGUCCCCAAGAAAUCCACUGAAAAACAUUAUUACAGAUGUCCUAAUGCUUAUUAUACUUGCAUUGAUUGUAACAAAACAUUCGAUGAUGGUGUAAGUUAUACGAAACAUAUACAAUGCAUAACAGAGGAUGAAAAAUACCAAAAGAGUUUAUACAAGGGAAACGGUAAAAAAGAAAAGAAAAAAAACAAUAAAAUCACCAAGAAACAAGAGACAAAACCAAUUGAAGAAAAAAAAAAACAGGAGGAAAAUAAACCAGAUAAAUCAGUUCAUAAACUUUCCACCAAAUUAGUCAAGGGUCAAUCUUUAUAUAAAGUUAUGAAGUCUAUCAAAAGUAAAGAUGAAAAAAAAGAAUUACUGAAAUGUUUAGUAGCCGACGAGGAUGGGAAAUUCGAAUUUAAAUAA